CGCUCCCCCUCCCUCUUUCAUUUGCAAUUCCCGCUUCCUCACCUCGGUUGUCCGAACCCCAAAAGGAGCGCGGGAUGAAGUGAGGAAGCUUGGAGAAAUCAUAGAUCUUGGAAUCCUAGUUCGCAUGCUUGUUCUCUGAGAUCGUUUCAGGGUUCUAAGAUGGUGGGAGAUGCGGAGGAGAGGAUUCCAGUCACUUCGCCUAUGGUAGCGGCGGUUUCUUCUGGUAGAGGCGAGGUUUCAUCGGUGGAGGCCACGGCUUCUGGGGCGAGGAGGUGUAGCCUGAGAUAUGUGGGGAAGGAGAGGCCUAACUAUGGAGGGAGGAAGGAGGAAACUGCAGCAAAAAAGAAAGCUAGGCUUGAUUUCGGAAAGCAAGUGUCUGAAGCUCCUUCGGCCCCUGUACAGUCUAAUGAGAUGAUAGGUUUGAAUACUGGUGAUGGUGUAGAAGGAGAGGCCGUGCCGAGAGGAGAACAUGGUGGUGUGGUGAAUGGAGAAGGUGUUGAUGGGGACCUGCAGGCAGGUUCUGGUAAGAGUGCACAUGCCAGGGUGAGGGAAACACUAAGGGCUUUCAAUGGCCACUACCUUCACUUUGUUCAGGAGGAAGAGCAAAGAGUUAAGCAACUGGAGGCUAAACUUUCAAAAGUUCCUAAAUCUUCAAAUCCUAAGCUGAAAAAGAGGAACGGCAGGAAAGUAGAGGUUAGUGUAUCGGAAUUAAAGGAACCUAAGAGAGGAAGUGGUUGUGAAGAGGAUGUAAAAAGAGCAUCAAAACGACCGGAUCUUAAAGCAAUUAGUAAGAUGAUUGAAACUGGAGCUGUUCUGUACCCUGAGAAGAGGAUAGGCCAUCUUCCUGGAAUUGAUGUUGGGCACCAAUUCUAUUCACGAGCUGAAAUGGUGGUUCUAGGUCUUCAUAGUCACUGGUUGAAUGGAAUUGAUUACAUGGGAAAUUUCUACGCAAAAUUGGAGCAAUACAAGGGCUACAAAUUUCCACUUGCAGUAUGCAUAGUGUUAUCUGGCAUGUAUGAAGAUGACUUAGACAACUCUGAAAAUGUUGUUUAUACUGGUCAAGGUGGACAUGAUUUACUUGGUAAUAAGCAUCAGAUCCGGGAUCAAAAGAUGGAACGUGGUAAUUUGGCGUUAAAGAAUAGCAUGGAAGCUGGUCUACCGGUUAGAGUUGUCCGUGGACAUGAGUCAGCAAGCAGUUAUUGUGGAAAAGUUUAUACAUAUGAUGGCUUAUACAAGGUUCAUAAAUAUUGGGCUGAGAAAGGUAUACGUGGAUUUACAGUAUUUAAAUACCAACUGAAACGGCUUGAGGCACAGCCAAUUUUGAUGACUGGCCAGGUUCACUUUACUCGUGCACAAGCUCCUACAUCCAUCUCAGAACUACGUGGGUUGGUCUUUGAGGAUAUUAGUGGGGGCCAAGAAAAGUUUCCUAUCCCAGCAACAAAUGUGGUUGAUGAUCCACCAGUUUCUCCUAUAGGUUUUAUAUAUGAUAGAUCAUUACGAGUGGCUGAAAAUUUGAAGAUCCCUGCAAAUGCUGUUGGAUGUAACUGCAAAGGAGAUUGUAUAGAUCCAAGAACUUGCGCUUGUGCUAGACUAAAUGGCUCAGAUUUUCCGUAUGUGCGCAAGGAUGGCGGCAGAUUGGUUGAAGCUAAAGCUGUGGUGUUUGAGUGUGGUCCUAGUUGUGGAUGCAGUGUUAACUGUGUAAACAGAACAUCCCAGCAGGGCUUAAAAUACCGCCUAGAGGUAUUCCGCACACCCAAAAAGGGUUGGGCUGUUAGGUCAUGGGAUACCAUUCCUGCUGGUGCUCCAAUUUGUGAAUAUACUGGAAUACUGAUGAAGACUGAUGAGGUUGAAAAUGCCUCUGAAAACAACUAUAUUUUUGAUAUAGAUUGUCUACAAACAAUGAAAGGCCUUGAUGGAAGAGAGCGGCGGCCUGGGGAUGUCUCUUUUCUUACCAACCUUGAUGAUAAAAUGUCAGAAGUGCCAGAGUAUUGUAUUAAUGCAGGCCUAAUUGGCAAUGUUGCUAGGUUCAUCAAUCAUAGCUGCCAACCAAAUCUCUUUGUCCAAUGUGUUCUGAGCUCACAUCAUGACAUCAAAAUGGCCAAAAUAAUGUUGUUUGCAGCUGACACUAUUCCUCCUUUGCAGGAGCUCACAUAUGACUAUGGCUAUGCCUUGGAUAGUGUAGUUGGACCGGACGGAAAAAUUGUUAGGAUGCCAUGCUAUUGUGGAGCUGUAGACUGCAGGAAACGACUGUACUGAGUGACUGAGGAUAAUUUUAUAUAUAAUUGAAUGUCUUAUGCGGUGGUAUAUUGGACACUGUCUUCCUAUUCUUUUUUGCUAUCAACUUAAAACGGCAAUUGCAUAUCUUUUGCAAAGCUUCGGCUUUUGGAGGAUAUGGAAUAUGGAAAGUGUAUUUUCGUCAAAUUGUGACUUGGGGAUUAUUGUGCUCGGAAAAAUAUUUUUGAGGCAUACAAGACAUUCUAAAUGUUGAGGUAUACAAGACAUGCUAAAUGUAUACAUCCAAAGUGUAAAUUUGACGACCAUUGUGGUAUGAAUACAAGUUAGUCUUAAUAGUUGACUGUUGUCU